UUUUUUUUUAACAUACAGUAUAUAGCCCUUAAUGUCGUCCCAUUCCUUACCACAACAAAUAUCACCACCUAUGGAAUACAAAGAGGAUACUAUUGACGGAACAACUCCACCUACUUCACCGAGAGUUCUACCACCUAUUGACCUACCACUUCCUAUGAUGCCAUAUCCAGCCAUUCAUUUUCCACCCACACCACUUCAUACGUUUUCAUCACCACCACCAUUAACACACUUAUCACCUCCUUCCGGCUCUCCUACUACCAAAAAACAUUCAAAAACAACCAAACCAGUAGCUACCAAAACCAUGAAAAGGACCACAGCUGAUGAUCGAGAACAUCAUCGUCGACUAUCCCAUAGUGCUAUUGAGAAACGACGGCGAGAACGCAUCAACGACAAGAUCGAUCAAUUAAAACAUUUGAUUCCAUCCUGUUGCCCAUCACCAGAUACCCUUCCUUCCGCAUCCAUGCAUCAACCCCUUCACAAAUUGUCCGUAUUGCAGGCCGCUAUUGAUUAUAUUCAUCAACUACAUUCUCAGCUUGUCCAACAACAUGAGCCUUCAUUAUCGCUAUCGUCAGCAUUGUCCUCAUCCACAUCUUCAUCAUCCGUCACUUCAUCAUCAUCAUCAUCAUCAUUAGAAAAGGAAAACAAUGUACAUCCUCUAUCAUCUGAUCUACAAUUCGCUAGAGUCGUUGCCCAUGCUCGACGUCAACAUCAACUUCAUGAAAAUUCUCUUGAUGACUCAUCCAAAGUUUAGUUAGUGAUAGAAAUGAUGAUUACUCAAUAGUAUUGAAAUAAUAACAUUAAUAAUAAAAAAGUUUAUCAUUAGAAAUAU